GUAACGGCCCCCAGGCACAGUGUUCCUCGUUUGAGUUUAUGUGCACGGGUAUGUUAGAUAGCAGUCAAUCUUUGACCUACUGUGCAUUAAGUCAAAUUAACUGUGGAGCUGAACACCCAUUUAGUGGCAUCUACGAUAAUGGACUCCUCUAAAGCAUCUCAUCAUCCUUACUGGCCACGGGACCUUUCAAUUCCCAACUAUGUGGCCAACGAUCGAUCGAUGUCAGAGAUUCUGGUGUUUCUGUUUUCUGUGUCUGGGCUGUUUAUGCUGGUGACCUGGCUGAUCACCGGCCAGGCCACCAGCAGGCUGGGCGCAUGGAGGCGCUUGGCUGUGUGCUGGUUUGCUGUUUGUGGCUUCAUCCAUUGUGUAAUCGAGGGCUGGUUCUCGCUAUAUUAUGAUAUAAUUCCAGGAGAUCAGCGCUUUCUGUCACAGCUAUGGAAAGAGUACUGCAAGGGAGACAGUCGAUAUGCAAUUGCUGAUAACUUUACUGUUUGUAUGGAGACUGUGACUGCUUGGUUGUGGGGUCCAUUCAGCUUUUGGGCUGUUUAUGCCUUUUUAACCAAUAAGCCCUACAGAUUUCUACUGCAGCUCAUCAUUUCAGUAGGCCAGGCAUAUGGAGCGGUACUCUACUUCUUCACAGAGCACAGAGAUGGCUACGCCCACAGCGAGCUGGGACAUCCAAUCUACUUCUGGUUCUACUUUGUGUUUAUGAAUACCCUGUGGAUCGUCAUACCGCUGGCGCUCAUUUUGGAUGCAUGGAAACAUCUGUCAGCAGCCCAGAGGCAAACAGACAGCACAAAGUCACAGAAGAAUAAGAAGAACUGAGUGUGUGCGUGUGUGUGUGUAUUGGGGGGGGGUCAUUAUGAGACUUUAUCAGUAUGAAUGUCAGCAAAGUAAUAGUUUCUUGAUUUUUCUUUUUUUUUACUUGGCAACUUCUUUUCUGAGAAGAGCAAAAUAAACCACAUGGGACCACUUUCA